GGAAGAAAUAGUCCGACACAAUAACAGUUCCGAGUUAGAACCAGAGAGGUGAGAAUCUAAACUCCCAAGGAUUCUUUUGUUUCUAUUCGGAAAACAUGGUAAAACCCUAGAAAUCCAUAAAUUCUCAGUUUCUGAUUUCAACACCAACAAUGGCUCACGGUGGAUAUGGAAAACGUAGGGUUUCAACACGAAGACCCGUUAGUCGUCGAUCGAAGGGAUUUGGAAUUGAGAAGAAACCUAAAUCAAUUUCCCUGAAGAAUCAAAUUCGAUCAAUUGAACGAAUUCUUCGUAAGAGCAUUUCACCUGAAGUGAGGGAAGUACAAGAAAAGAAAUUGGAAGAGCUUAAGAGACAACAGGAGAUUCAAACACGUUUGGCGGUAGAGCGCAGAAUGUUUUUGCGUGACAGAAAGAUCAAAUUUUUGGGCAAGAUAAAUUUCAUUUUUUUCAUUGACUUAUUCGAGAGAAGAAUGAUAGAGAGGAGAAUACGGCGGUUGGAGAGACAGUAUCACCGUACAUUAUCUAGUAAUAAUACACGAGAAGCAGAAAUUGCUUCUCAGCUUUCCAAGUUGAAGGAAGAUCUUGAAUAUGUUAGGUUCUUCCCAAAGACUGAGAAAUAUGUAUCGUUAUUUAUUGGAGGCGAUGAAGCAGAUAUGGUUGAUAGGAGGAACAGGUUGCGCGAGCAAAUUAAAGUUAACUUAAUUGCUGCCGCAGCUAGUGGGAAGGAUGUUGAAGAGACGGGUAGUGAGGAUGAUGGUCUUUUGGAUAUGAGUGACGAUGACUUUUUCUUAACUGGAAGCUCAAGCGAUGAAGCGGAUGCUGAUGAUGAAUGGACAGAUAAAAGUGCUAGAGAACAAGCAUCAAGUGCUUCUGGAAAAGCAGCAUCUGGAAUGUCUAGUGAUGAAAAGAAUCAGAGGCUGAUCUGUGCUCGAGUCCUAAUGCCUCCUCCUCGGCCAUCAAUAAAGUCAUUCAGAAAUGCAUGCAAUUCUAGAACAAGGUUUGGAGGAGGAGGUGCCUCAUCAAGUAUGGUGCCUUCCAUAGAAGAGGUUGAAUUAUCUAUAUCUGGCAACAUGUCACGUAGCUGGGGAGGCUCUUCCUCCAGAAAUGGGGGAGGAUCCUCAAAUGGGCAAACAAGUCAGAGUAGUAAUUUGAGUUCGAAUUCAGAUGCUCACAUGCCACGAAGAAAACGGAGACCAAAAAAGAAGAAUAAACUGAAGGUAUGAAGGAGAUUGGUAACAGGACUUCAAGAUUGGGUGUAAACUUUGUAUGGUCCAGUACUAGCCUCAUACUGGAUUGUAUUGUAACUAAUAAGAUCCGAGCCUGUCAUUAGAAUACCUUUUUAUUGUCAAUUCUACUUAAAUAGAGAUUUGCACCAAAACUUUACUUGA